AUGUUCAACGUUUUCGAAAUCUCCCCCCGCUUCAGGUUCAAUUUAUCCAACACUGUCACUCGCUUCGACUAUCACUCUAAUUUGGACAACGAGGAGAUGGUAGCCGGCGUCCAGGCCCUUGUUGGUCGGGACAUGAUCAUUGUCGAGCUUCCGACUACAAAGCUGCACUUGGAUGUUACCGCGAUUCACAAAAUGAUGGGGAGUCGAGUGGAGUAUAUGGUCGAUUCCUGCAUCAGCACCAUCCUUGAAUGGAAUCCCGACCACAGCGAUUCCGGACCAAUCCCCAAGGGAGUCAUUUUCACCAACUUUAUCGACGUCCUUUUCCGAGACGGCUCUAGGUUAUCCCUUACGCUGGAUGAGAAGCAGGGCAUUCUCGAUAUGUUCCAGAGAGCAGUCAGACGGAGGAUACGAGCAACUCUGGAGAACGAGGUGCCGACGAAAGUGGGCAUGGAGGAUAAGGUUUAUGUUCGCGGUUAUGAGGAGUGCAGUUUUUGCCGACGGCUCAUCACGAUUGUUUGA